AUGAUCGUGACGUGCGCGCAGACAGCGGCCAAUGGCGCGCUGCGAUCAGCGCGGCCCGGACGGCGCCCGCCCCCGCCGCCCGCCGGGGGGGCGCGCACGGGAGCGACGGCACCGGGAGGGGACGGGGCGGCCACAGCGCCGGCCCCGCACCGGGCCCCAGCGGCCCGGAACCCCGCACCGCCCCCGGGCCGCGGGCCCGGCCGGCAUCGCCCCUGGGAGCGCUCCUGGAAAGCGAUCCCUGAGGUUCCGGCGAGAGAGAGAGAGAGAGGGAAGCAGUCCGCAAUCUGUGAUGGAUACAUUUGGUCUGGGAAGGAAGGAAAUGCCAGUGUUUCCAGGGAUCCAGGUACAGCCAGAUGCAUCAGUGCCAGCCCUCCUUCAGUCUCCAUUUCCCUUCCAAAAGGAAAUCUCCUCAGCAAAGGAGCAGGAAGGACACUACUGACCCGUUCUGGUGGAUUGUAUGGUAGAAAUCAUGUGAAAUCACUGUGUAUUGGCUUGGCUGUAGGAGCACUGAGAAGUCAGAAUCAGAUUUGAGACCUGUGUUCAUUACAAAGCCUCUAGACAGGCUCUAUCCCUGCUCCAAAUAGUUUUCUCUAAAAGUCACAGUGUUAAAAUAUUAAACAGGCAAUUAAUUUUGUGCAAUGCUUUAAACAGAAAUACCAAUAAAUAUUUCUGCAGGACUGAAAUAAAAGAAUCACUGCUGGUUUUCUGUAGGCAGGGAGGAGAAAAGCAGACAGUGUUUAUGUUUAUUUUAAAAUUGCAAGAAGUUAUUUACACUGUUUAAAAAUUUUAACACUAACUUCUGAACUACUGGUGGCAUCCCUUUGGGGAUUUGGGAACAGAUGAUCUUUAAGGUUCUUUCCAUCUGAAACCAUUUUAUAAUUCUAUGGUGUAGUAAAUAUCCUGAAUUUAGCAAGAGGAUUUUUCUGAUAGCCCAUGUAUUUAAACCCUAAAUCUUCUGUUAUGCUGCUUUCUCUCCUGGAUUUGUUCCCUUCUUCUGUAUGCCAUCAACACUCACCCUGUAAAAAUUAAAUACAGCAACCACAAAACCUUUACACCACCACUGGUAUAGAAAAUAAUUGGUUUGGAAUUAGAUAUGGAACGAUUACUGAAAAACUUGGUGUGUUUUCUUCUCACGUUAUCUGCAGCUUGGGAAACAAAAAUGGUGAGACAAUAUCUCUAAAAUCCCUUGAAAAAUACACUGAUGUUUGAUAAAGUGCAGCUUAUUAAACUCCUUUAAAAUGAUGAAUAAUAGAAAGUAAUAUUUCAAGGGCUCUAAUUUGACUAACAAUGGGUUCACAGGUGCUUUUUCUAUAGUUUUCAUCAAGAAAUUCAUAGAAUCGUUCUUGAAGGAGACAUAAGAUGUGUAUUUAAGUUGUCAAAGAAGCCAGUUUUCAGACUUGUGGCCCCAAAAAAAGAUGUAUUGAUCACAGUAAUGUUCUUUACAAUAUAGAAGAGGAGGCUGAACGUACAGAUUAACAAAGCUGCUGCUGUUUGCAGCAGAGCAGGGACAAGCUCCAGAAAGAAUCUCAUGUUGUGUAUUUCUCUCCCUGGUGAUGCCUCUCAAGGAGCCCAAACCUUGAGAAAAAAAACUAUGGCAGGAUGAAAUAAACCAAAUAUUCUUUUCCUGCCACCAGAUCAAAAUGCUUCCUCCUUCAUUAAUGACAGAUUUAAAUUAACAGGGGCUGACAGAUUGGUCUGGUGGUUUAAGCAGUAGCCUGGGACAUGAAAGGAAUCCUUCCAUGAGGGAAUUAGCAUCAAAGUGAGACUCUGUGCUGCAGUUCUUCUGUACGAGCUCAUUAAACUGAUUAGCCCAGCUCACCAUUAGUGACUUACCCCGGCGUGCUUCUGCGGGCAGGGAGAGCGUCUGGGCCAGGCUGGGUGUGGGUAUUUCCUGCCACAGCUGGGAACAUCUGCACCGCUCCUUCGUGCGACAGGGAGUAGACUCCACAGGCAGGAACCCAGCCGUGGGGGUAUACAAAUGUUCGAAGACCAUUCCCUUUUCCAGCAGUCCAUAGGUUCUGAGACCUUUGGCAGAUCAUGCGGGUAGGAGAAGUCUCUGUAGGGAUUGCUCAGAAUUCCUAGAUGGGGAAUUGGGAGCUGUUGUGUGACCAAAUCCUGAACAGCUUUGGUCACACAGUUUAGAACAACGGCUGCUAUUUCCAUUUCUCUGGCUUUUUACUGCGUCUAGAAAACGCUGAGGAAGCCACAAGGGCAAACCCACCUGACUCCACAGAACCCUUAUCCAGGACAGCUUUACUUGCUUCAUGAUGCCAUUUUUAGGUGAUAUUUUAAAGGAUGUAGCUCUAAGCCUUGGAGUCACCUCUAAAGUCAGAGACCUUUCAAAAGGAGUGAAAAGACUGUGGAAAAGAGCCCAUUUUCACCUGGAUUUUUUGUAUUUGUAAUUCCCAUCCCAUCGAAUCAUUUGGCUCUGAUGCUGCUCCAAGGCCUGAAAUCAUGUGGCUGCAUUGCAUAAGCCAAAAAGGGACCUGGAUUGAAUCUGUCCCCUUGUCCCCAGGUUGCCCAACUUGUGCUUGGGAAAAUGUAUGGGGAAUCCAAUGUGAAAAGCCUGCCGUUGAUCUAGUGCUUAACCAUUCUCCACUUGGAAACUCCUGCUAUCAUUCAUUCUGAAUCUUUGAUAAGUUCAACCAUCAUAAUAGAUUUACUAAACUUCAGGUUCAAGAGAGGCCACAGGAAAACCCUGCUGGUCCUUUGCUUUUGUUGGAGAAGUGUACUAGCAGUUUCCUGAGGAGUUCCUCAGGCAGUGCUGAGGCUUUGUCCCCUCAGUUUCACUCCAAGAAUGUGUCUGACCAUUGCAAAAACCCUGCUAACACUAAGAUGUGUAACAUUUACUGCCUCAUGUCUCUACAAGGCUCCUUAAUCUGCCACAAAGGUAUGUUUGAUGUGAUUUAUUCUUAGAAAAUAUGAAUUGUUUCCACGAAAAUAUAUAUGUCUUUCUUUUCCAAUUGAUGCCAUUGGAUUUGAAGGGGUAAAAGUUGCUCUGAAAAGCAAAUUCUUGGUUUAGGUGCCUGCUCUUUCCCAGGUUUUCUGCUCAAUGAACACCCAAAUGUCAACAGCGAUGCUCAUUUUACAGAAAUAUUAUAAAGACACACUAAACAUUGGGAGCACAAGGGUGUGAUUAAAGAUCUACUAAAUCAGGAGGUUCCGUGUGAAAUGGUGAUGGAGAAAGGAUUACAGUGUGUAAACCUUAGGAAAAAUGUUAAUAUGGAAAAUUCCGUACGGCACAUUUUCUGCAUCUAAAAGCCCAGCCAGAAUUAGUGGUCUUACAAGAUUUACAAAUUUCCUGCCUUCUUUGAACUUGGUUUGGCCACAUUAAUUAAAAUUACUUGUUAAUCCUCACCCGGUGCAUAAACAAAGCUCCCAUAAACUGAAUCUGUAAAUAUGUCCUUUGUGCUGGUAUGGAAGAAACAGCUGGUGGUUAUGGGAAAAAAAAAUGGAAAAGAGCCUGGCUGGGUAGAUAUUUUAAGGAUUUGUUCCACUUUUUAUCUUACUGGGAUAUUUUUAAGAAAAUCAGGGAUGCUGUUUCAUUGUGGUUUUAUUGCCUUUGAUAAUUUUACAUACACCAAGCAGGGAAAAUUAUGAACUUGAGGAACAUAUGAAAAUGCAAGACAUCAAAAUUUUUUAAAAAGAGGGAGAUAAUGAUUGUAUAUUUAUUUUUCAUCCAUUAGUAUUCCUAGCAUAGAGAGUUUUAUAGAACAAAGAAAAGUUAAAAUGUUUUUUCAAUAAAAAUGAAAACAAAACCAGUCAUGAGGCAGCAAAGAACCAGAGAGACAACUACUAUUAAAAAAAAAUACUAUACAACCCCACUUCGUGUCAUUUAUCUUCCACCUACAUGCUACAACUCAGUUGUUGAGAUGAUUCACCUAAAGGAGAUGCCCAAGCAAUUCUUAUUUCCCAUUAUUUUUUUAGAAAAGCAGCCAAGAAAAUGUUGAAUUGGAAUCUUCAAAGUGUUUAUUAGUUUAGGCAGCACUUUGUUUUUCUUUGACUUGUAUUUCUCCAGAGGUUCAGACAGUUUUUCUGUUUGCUCAGGUCUCCCAAAAUCAAACAUUCCUCUGAUCCUUUUCUUCUACCUGUGGGUCCACGCUUUAUUCCUUGUCCACCAAAGCUUGUGCCUAUCCCCCUUGUUACCAGGUCCUUGCUUUUCUCUUGUACCCCUGACUGGGCUGAAAGAACCUGAAAAGUGUUUUUUUCCCUUUAAAAUAGGAUAAACGUGGUAGUUGUGCCCAGUCCUUGGGAAUAAAAAUAACCAUCGCCCAGCAGUUCUUUCAAGUGUUUCUCCUUGUUUCUGUUACUUUGUUUGAUUUAGUCAGCUCAUUUUUUUCUCCGCAGUCACAGCAAGCCAAAGAAAGAAGAAAAAAUGAUACAAUAAAAUAUAAUGUAGCUUUAGUUCUAAAGGAAACAGCACUAUAAAAGCGGAUAUGAAGACAAAAACUUUGGAAUCAAUUUUACAAAUAAAAUAGCUGGUCCUCAAUAGCUCCACAUUCCUGUUGAAGAAGAAAGGUGAAUAUCUGAAUGAUUCCAAGGAAACUUUUCACCAAUGGUAAACCACAAGCACUUCCUCAAAGGUAAACGUGAAACCACUCAAACCCCACUGUGAGCCUUUUGGGUGUCUUGCUGAAAACACGCUCCUCACAUGAUCUCCCAAAAGUACAAGAUCAGCUAAAAAUGCCAGUUCUGGCAGCGCCAGAUUUCAGUGAGGAGGGAAAUCAUGAGACAAUUCCCAUCCCUGCUUGGCAGAUCUGUCCAUCAGUUUGCAGGUGGGGUUUCAAGAGAAGGCAAAGAGUGGCUGGAGAAUCCUGAUCAGGGGAAGUGUCCUCUUUGGGAAGGAGCCAAUGUGUUUUGUAGAUAAAAUAACCAACUUUGUUCAGGCCCAUAACACCGCUUUUAUUUCGCAACAAGACUUUGUAAGUUAAAAUCUUAAUCACAGACUGCUAUCAUUCAUUAAAGAAUUAUCCUGUUAAGAAAUAUGUUUGCAAAGUAAUCUUCCAUCUUUGUCUUUGAGAUAACAAUAAAACUGAAGUAUCAAUGGUUUGAUGCCAAAUAUUUUCCCCUUUAUUGUAACCUUGUUUUCUUUCAUCUACUGAAGAAUUUGUUUAAAUGCAAAUUUUUUCUUUCAUGAAAGAAGACAGCUUUUGUAUGAAUCACUAUUUGUUUAAAUAAUUUCUUUGAAUGAAGUCUUACU